AUGGAGCGCUGGAUCCGUGGUGCGGACCUGGAUGAAUUCAAUAUCGGCUAUGUCACCACGCCAGGAACCUUUGAGGAUUUGAUUGACCUCGUACUCCCGGAGUUGAGGAAGCGUGGGCUCUAUCUAGAGCCUUCGGAUUCAUCGGAUGCACCGCUUUCUCUCCAGGAGAAGGUGUAUGGAAAGGGCCCAAAGGUGCUUGGAGAAGACCACCCGGGCAGCCAGUAUAAGUAUGACGUGUACCAGGAAGAGGCACCGUAUGUCGAGGGCCUCGAAGCUGCUUAG